UAGAUUUUGCUUUUCAAAAAUUAAGUUGCUUUUUCUAUAAAUACAAUAUUAAAUAUGCCAGCCUUUUGCUCAGCCAUCAGUUGUGUUAACAAGCGUGGAAAGAAUGUUGGAAAUAAUAUAUCUUUUUUUAGAUUUCCAAAAGAUAAAAAUAGAUGCAAGCUUUGGGUUCGUAAUUGUCGUCGUCAAGAUCUCGAUACAAAAUCAUGUGAAGAACUUAAUCUUAACUAUACUAUUUGUAGUGAACAUUUUGAUUCUUCACAAUACUAUCUUGCCAAUAAUGGUAGUAAAAGAGCACUUGUAACUGCUGUACCAACAGUUUUUAACUUUCCAAAUCAACCUUCUACCUAAAAUUUAAAGAGAAAACAGCCUACAAACAGACUUCAUUUACAAGAUAAAAUACAAAAAAAAAAAAAGAAAUCAACGAUAAAGUCAAAUUAAAUAAAAUAAAUAGUGUUGAGAAUAGCAGUACAAACAAUGUAACUGUCAAAACUACUUUAAAAAUAAAUAUUUAU